UACUAUACUCAGCUCGGCCUUUGACAAAUUCCUAGAUUUGUUAAACAAGGAAACUCACUUUUAAAUUUCUUUUUAUAUUUUCCAUUGAACUGUAAGUUUUCCAAUUAUUCCGAGAAAAAUCAAUCAGAGUUAUUCCUCCGCUGGGCCUGUGGCGCUUUAAAAAAUUAAUCACCUAAUAAAUUCGUUAAUAUUUGGCAAAAGCUCCAAAGAGAUUGAAGAUUCGCUUUAACCAAGAUGGGUACUUUGGGCAACACGUUUAUCCUGUCGCGGGAGCGUCGUCGCUUUGGACGGCAGUGCCUCUUCACGGACCGUAACGAGAUGAUCCUAAGUGUGCAGCCAAGUGGCCGCCUGCGUCUCAAGUACAUUCUGCGCAAUCCGAUCAACGAGAAGACCCAGCUCAGCGAGCAGUACGCCGCAUCCUCGGUGCUGACCCACAAUGUUACCCUGGAUUCGCAUGGCCUCAAUCACUACGAGGGCGGGUGGAACAUCAAGGAGGUGAACGUCGCGGACGAGGAAUCCACAAUGCGUUAUCGCAAAAAAGUCGAACGCGAUGACUCUUGGGGAAUCGAAGUAAAUGAACUCAUGCAUAAUGUGAUGCAAAUCAGUUCGGCCAACAAUGCAAUAAACAUCUAUGAAGAUUUCUUUACGGAUCUGCCAGAAGAUUUGGGACGUGGCAUCUACAUGAAAAUUGCAGCCAGAGGUAUAAAUAUUUUCCACGAUCUUUGGAUUCCACCACGUCAGCUCAAAACGUGUGAGUGGCUCAACAACGAGCCCAGCCAGUUUCUUUUGACAUUCUCCAAUUCGAGGAGCUUACUGCCCAAUUACACGGAACCACAGUACAUAUUGCCGGAUUUUGGAACCGAAAACUCGAAUUCAUUUUACAUUUGGGAUUUGGACGAUGCCACACGUCCUGUUGCUUACUACGAUACCAGAAGAGUGCUUCUGAUAGCCAAAGUGUGUAUGCGGGAUGAGAAUUAUAUGGUGGGUGGAUACGAAGAGGGUCAGGUGAGCUUUUGGCAAACGAGCAACAUGGGUGGCCCCUUGAGCGUCUGUCCCUUGGAAGCUGCUCAUCGCGAAGCCACUACGGCUCUCUGCUGGGUACACUCCAAGUUGAAUACUGAGUUCUAUUCCGGAUCGUUGGACGGGUCCGUCAAGUACUGGGAUACCCGAGAUCUCCUGAUGCCGGUGCAUGAGGUCCUGGCCGAGCCGGAUCCCAAGACAGUGCAAAAUCGACAGGACGCACAUGGCGUUACUGUUCUGGAAUUUGAGUACACCAUCCCGGUGCGUUAUAUCAUUGGCAGCGAUAUGGGUUAUGUCUUCGUGGGCAAUCGCAAGGGAACCACUCCGCAGGAAAGUCUCGUUAACGCCUAUAAACUUUUCCAAGGACCCAUUCGCGCUGUUAUGCGUAAUCCCUUCUUCGUGAAGAACUUCCUUUUAGUUGGAGAUUGGCGGAUCCGCAUUUGGUCCGAGGAGGUCAAGAAUUGUCCAAGUACCUUUUACUUCAGCCGGAAAAACCAAGUGAUUAGUGGCGCCUGGAGCACUGGGCGCUGCUCCCUGUUUUGCGUUGGGGAUGUCGAGGGUAAUCUGGAAUUCUGGGACCUGUUGAUGUCCCACAAACAACCAAUUCUGACGGUCAAGUUUAAGCACGCCGUAACCCAUUUGGUGUUCAAGCCAGAUGGAUCGAUUCUGACCGUGAGUCUAGCAAAUGGCGAUUGUGCAAUGCUCCGUUUGGAAGAGGGUAUGCGAAGUGCCACGGUCAAGGAAAAGUCUCUCAUGAUGUCGAUGUUUGAACGGGAAAUAACGCGCUGCAAACUUUUGGAAGCUCGCGUGGAGGAAAUCAAGUUGAAGAAGCGUCUGACCACAAUUCAUCUGGAGGAGGAACGCAAAUCCCGCGAGAAGAUCGAGGCCAAGAAGAAGAAGGCUCAGGUGAAAAAGGAGCAAGAGCCAAAAGUUGAAGACGAGGCCACCAUUUUCCUCCGGCUUAUUGAAAGCGAUACUGAAUUCUCCAAGGCUCUUUUGGAUUUCAAUGAAGCAGUCGAAGCUAUAGCCACAAAGCGAGCCAAGCGUGUUUUCGCCAUGGAACGUACUGUUUUCGAGACUGCAUCUUAAAUAUCAUUUACAAUCAAUAUUAUGUUGUAGCACUUUAUAAAAAGUCAUGUUAAAAAACGUUAUAAAGCGUUGUAUGUUAAUGGUGGUCUUAAAA